AACUCUUUAUAGUCAUUUUAGUAGUCAUCGGUGCCGAAUUACACUGUUACAUUGAGUACAAAGCUGAUCAAACAUCGCAAGAAUGUCGUUGACGGCACCUUAUACGAAUGCAAUGCGCAUCGGACAAGGCUUCAAUACGUACACACAAGAAAUACGCCUGGAGGAUGCAGUACGGGUGCUCUCAGGAAAAGAGAGCGAAUCCCCAACCGAUCCAGGUCAACACAACAGGAGUCUCGUCAAUUUGCCCUCGGCAGAAAGGCUCGAUGGGAGCGCCAACGGCUCUGAAAACGUGCCCUCAGUUCCUGCGAAUAGCAUAUCCGAAGCAAAAGAUGGCCUCUUAUCCCCCCUGCCCACCCAUAGGCAAGCUCUAGGUAGUGUAACAGAUGUAGUGUCGUCUGGAGCGAACAUAGUACCAUUCGAUAUUCCGAGAGCACCGUCUCCUUUGACAAGUCAAAGCGUCACCUACUCCACCAGGGCGAUUGAGAACGUUAGCGACAUAAUGGAUGCGUUGAACAUUUCAACUUCGAUGUCGAUCAAAUAUGGGACAAUUCAUGGUAACGGCAAUGCCUCGUUCGUUAAUGAGACAAAGGUUCUGGAUAGCGACCUCAACUACGUUGUUUCCGUGACCGUUAACAAUGAUCCUCGUUCCUCAGUCAAAGACAUGGAUUUCCAGGAUAUACCGGGUCUCCCGCUUGACAGAUUCACAGAAGUGUAUGGAGAUUCCUUCAUCUCUGGCUUCAUGGAAGGGGGCGAGUUCAACGCCGUCAUUUCUGUUAAAAUAAACGAUAAGAGCAGGUUCAAGGCAGUCAAACAAGCAGUGGAUGUGCAACUAGCCGUCGGUCCUCCUACGCUUGAGGUUGGAGCGAGCGAGUCAUUUGGUAAAGACCACGCCGAAACCCUGAAGAAUACAGAGAUUUCGAUCUCCGUCAAUUGGGUCGGUGGCGGCGAAAUCAAGAAACCCGGAGUGCCAUGGACCAACAAGACCGUGGUAGCCGUUGCCAAUGCAUUCCCAUCUAUGGUAGCUCGAUCAUCCGCGAGAACCCAGGCUAUUCUCACUAGAUACACUUCCCUCAGAUCCUUUCAAGUGUGGAAGUGGAAUCGGCUCGUGGAAGAACGACGAAUUUGGGAGUCUAGUCCGGCCAACCAAAAAGGGGGCGAAAACAACAAAGAUGGCAAGCAAAGAUAUGAGGAGCCAGUCAUCAUUCUCAACUAUGUACCAUGCUCACUUUACACUGCUGAUCUAUUCGACGCACUGAUGAACUACAAAAAGUUGUGGAAACGAAUUGGAGAGAUGCUCCAAAAUACUUCACAAUACAAGCUCAGAUCAUCUGCGUCGAAGACACUGGCCAAGGAUAAAGAUACUACGACCAAGCCUUCUCCUCUUUUGACCAGGAUGGCAACCCCGACUGGUAUCACUUCGCGCUCUUCAAUUGCCAACGGAUCACCCUGCGACACCAAGGCAGUAGAAACCAAUGGAAUAGAGCGUGCUUACACAUUUGAUGUUGAAGAGGGCACGUUAGGAUGGAAUCUCCUCGAGAACAACACGCGGCGCGAUCCAAUACCACCUGAGCCCGUCGCGUUAAAUGAGGCCCGCCUUCUAUGUAGGGAGGCUAUGACUUUGAUAAUUGAAGAGGCAUCAAGACUGGUGGAUCAUCCACAUCUUGCGUACGCAGAGUAUGACGACAGAACCAAAUCAACUCGAAUGAAGCGCCCAAACUAUGCUUACCCACAGGUUCUGAAGGAACGCCUUCCCGUUCCCAUUCACAAUGAUAUACUAUCCGACCUCUCUACUGAUGGUGCAUACCUGAAGACGAUAGCAUUUGCAGGUGGUGAGGACAACAUUUGGUUUGAACCGGACAUGAUUGGUGAUCCAAAAGCAAACGAAGAUGACUUGAGUCGAAAAUUUGGUGCCAGCAAAUACGAAGACUUCAGCACCCUGGAGCUCACGGAGCCAAAGGGAACAAAAGGCCUCAACCCGUUGCGGCGCAUAUCUCUCCACAGCAGGCAGAGAAUGCCAUCGGGACGAUUGGACUUGCCCGCGUGCAAGACGACCCCUCAACUGCGAAGGCAGACGGCUGUGUCCACCACCUUGGUCACCUGCAUCACAGUGACUCAGACGACGCUGCAAGCUUCAAAGCACUCGAGCUCGGCAACGUCGACAUCACCAAGAUUGAUGUGGCAUACGUCCCAGGCUCAGGCUACAUUGCUGGAAUUACAUUCUUCGACGAGAUCGAUGGACAGACGACGGAGCGGCUCUCGUGGAAGCAGUGGGAGGGGAACGCCCCAGCGGGCCUAGUUCAUAUCUCUAAUGAGCCGCCUGAUGGAAGAGCCGUAUGGAAGUUUGUAGGACUAUCUGGGAGCUGGAUAAAUACAGUAGGGCAUGGGCAUGUACUGGCGAGAAUUAGUGGUAUAUGGAAAAGGAACGACGUAUAGAGCUGUCUCCG